AUGGUGUUCUUUAGUGCGAUUUGUUGUAAAACUAUGCCUACUGUGUUUUUCCUCCGUGUGGUUGGUUGGUUGAUCCUGUUACUUUGCAUCCCCGUUCAAUCAUAUAAUGGUGAUCUGGACGAAACAGUGGAGCACAUUAAGAUCGGAGGUCUGUUUGACGGUGCCACGGAAGAUGCAGAACUCGCAUUCCAGUAUGCCGUAGAAGCGGUCAACAAUGAGAAGCUAUCGUACUCAAACUACCAACUGGAGGCGCAAGCCGUUCAGGUGAAGUACGGCGAUCAGUUCGAUGUGUCCAAGAAGCUGUGCCGUCUGUUGAAGACUGGAGUGGCAGGAAUCUUUGGACCGGGUUCUCCCAAAUCGGCACUGCACGUCCAGAGUGUAUGCGACGAGAAGGAGAUGCCCCACAUCGAGACCCGAUGGGACGCAUACACCAAACUGCCGACGCUCAACCUGCAUCCCCAUCCGCACAUAAUGGGGCGCGUAUUUCUGGACCUGAUCGUGGCGUUCGAGUGGAAAGAUUUCACCAUUCUGUACGAAUCCGGCCCGUGGUUACCGGGGAUCGCCGAUCUGCUGAAGAUGUACGAUCCCAAAGGUUACACGGUGACGGUACGGCAGCUAGAUCUACGCCUAAACGGCAACUACCGCGCAGUGCUGCGGCGCGUCAAGCUGUCGGACGAUAAGCGCAUCAUUCUGGCGUGUUCGAUCGAAUCCAUGCCCGAAGUGCUGAAACAGGCCCAGCAGGUCGGUUUGCUGACGGACCACCAUCAGAUCAUCAUAACUUCGCUCGAUCUGCAUACGAUCGAUCUCGAGCCGUAUCAGUACAGUGGCACGAACAUAACCGGCGUUCGGUUGAUCGAUCCCGAAGAGGACAAGAUCAAGCAGGUGGCGGAGUUUCUGAAUGCAUCGCAAAUCGCCAAAACGCUCGAACUGCAUGACGGGCUGAAUCCGGCCAAAAUGCGCGUCGAGACGGCACUGAUGUACGAUGCGGUGCUGUUAUUUGCCGAGGCACUGAAGCAUCUGAUUGGCAGCGAACCACCGCGUUUGCUCGAACCAAUCGCGCUCAAGUGUGACGACCCAACCACGUGGAAGAAUGGGUACAGUGUCAUCAACUACAUGAAGAGCUCCACAAUACAUGGGCUGACGCGGAGCAUCAAGUUCGACCAUCAGGGCCAUAGGUCCGACUUUCUGCUAGACAUUAUCGAGCUCGGACCGGCGGGUUUGGAGAAGGUUGGUGUGUGGAAUUCUACCGAAGGACUGAACUUCACGCGUAAAAAGGAACAAACGUCCCACGCGCUAGACGACGGUACACUGCAGAAUCGGACCUUUCUCGUGCUGACGGCCAUUUCACCACCGUACGGUAUGCUGAAGGAUUCGCCGGUGAAACUCACCGGCAAUGAGCGUUUUGAAGGAUUCGGCAUCGAUCUCAUCCAUGAGCUGUCACUCAUGCUCGGGUUUAACUACACCUUCAUACUGCAAGAGGAUGGCGUGUACGGGUCGCUCAACCGUGACACCAAGAAGUGGAACGGCAUGGUGCAGGAGCUGCUCGAUUGGCGUGCCGAUCUCGCCAUCACCGACCUUACGAUCACAUCCGAUCGGGAAAGUGCGGUCGAUUUCACCAUGCCCUUCAUGAACCUUGGCAUCUCGAUCCUGUUUCGUAAACCGACCAAAGAACCACCGUCCUUGUUCUCCUUCAUGUCGCCGUUCUCGAAGCAGGUGUGGCUGUACCUGGGCGGUGCCUACAUGAUGGUAUCCAUGUCGCUGUUCGUGCUCGGACGUAUCUCGCCGAAGGAAUGGGACAACCCCUACCCGUGCAUCGAGGAACCCGAAGAGCUGGAGAAUCAGUUUAGCUUCAGCAACUCGAUGUGGUUCACGAUCGGUGCACUGCUGCAGCAGGGUUCCGAAAUUGCUCCCAAGGCCCCUGCAACACGUGCCGUCGCCUCCAUCUGGUGGUUCUUCACACUGAUCAUGGUUUCGUCGUAUACCGCCAAUUUGGCCGCGUUCCUCACCAUCGAGCAGGUCGUCUCCCCGAUCAACAAUGCGGAGGAUCUGGCUGCUGCCGGCGGGGCGGUGAAGUACGGUGCCAAGCGUGACGGUAGCACGAUCAGCUUCUUCAAGGACGCAGAGUACGGGACGUACGCGAAGAUGUACCAGUUCAUGAUGGCCAACCAGGAUCUGCUUACCUCGUCCAAUCCGGAGGGACUGCAGCGCGUCAAGACGGAAAACUAUGCCUUCCUGAUGGAGUCCACCUCGAUCGAGUACAUCGUGGAGCGGGAGUGUGACGUUACGCAGAUCGGCGGACUGCUCGACGAUAAGGGUUAUGGGAUUGCGAUGCGCAAGAAUUCACCGUACCGCAGCGCACUGAGCGAAGCGGUACUACGGCUACAGGAGCAGGGUGUUCUGACCUCGCUGAAGCGCAAAUGGUGGAAGGAGAAGCGUGGUGGCGGUGCCUGUUCGAAUACGAUGGAGGAGGGCGGUGCACUGGCACUCGAGCUGGCAAACGUCGGUGGUGUUUUUGUGCUGCUGAUCGUCGGCUGUGUCGCGGCCCUGUUUGUCAGCUUCUGCGAGAUGUUCUGUGACGUGCACCGUCGUACACGCGAGUUGAAGCAAAGCACUAGUGACGACGGUGCCGAGGAGCUUGACAUGGACAAUGUCGGUGGCGUGUUUUUCGUCCUCUUUGUCGGUUGCUCAUUCGCCAGCUUGUUUGGCUGCUGCGAGCUAUUCUUCGUCAUUGCACACCGAGCUAGGCGGCACAAGGUACCGUUCCGUGAGGAACUUAUGGCCGAACUACGCUUUGUGGCCAAAUGUCACGGGAACACCAAACCGGUCAGACAUCGUAAGAGCUCAUCCGCCUCCGCAGAGAACUCACUCGAAUCGGCCAUGGAAUCGGCUGGUCAGUCGGCCACCUCCAGCAAACAGGACCUGUCGGGCAGUCCAACCGGUGGCGGUGCUGGAAUUGCCGAAGGCCGGGACACCGAAUCCGAGAAUCGGCAGCGUAAACAAAACGGCGGAAAAUCGGCACUAAACGGCAGCACUCGGAAGCUGAAAUCGGAUGAUUAA